AGGCAGAGUAGCAGGAAAGAGCCAUGUUUGGAGAGCAUAAAGCAAAGUCAGUCUAGGUCAGAUGGGGCAGACGUGGGUGAGCUGCAUUCACUGUGUGUUGGAGAGAGAUCAGUGGAGGAACUAGUCAUGGGAGUAGCAGGGUGACUGGACUGGAUGCAGGUUUCUCUGUCAGCUGAAGAAAAAUCCGGCAGGCCCUGGAACUGGCAGACUCGGAUAAGCUGGCAGGAGAAAAGGGAUGCAGGAGGAAGACUGUGGCCGUGGCAACGAGAAGCAGGCCAGCCAUGCUUUCCUGGGCCCCAGAGAAGUGCCGCAGGCGCUGAAGAAAGGCAGGCAGCACGCACCAAGAAGCAUCAAGUGGGUCACCAGCCCUUCUCCAGGGAAGCCACCUUGCGAUGGUCCAGAGAGUCUAAUUCCUCUGCAACUUUGGUGAUGGAGCUGAAGGUCUGGGUUGAUGGUAUCCAGCGGGUUGUGUGUGGCGUCUCAGAUCAGACCACAUGCCAGGAGGUGGUCAUAGCAUUGGCACGGGCUAUUGGCCAGACAGGAAGGUACAUUCUCAUCCAGAAGCUGCGGGAGAAGGAGAGGCAGCUUCUACCGCACGAAUGCCCUCUGGAGUCACUGGCCAAGUGUGGACAGUAUGCCAAUGACGUGCAGUUCAUAUUGCAGCGGACGGGCCCCAGCCUGGCCGAGCGCCCUUCCUCUGACAGUGCCCCCCAGGCUCCCGAGAGGACAUUCGUCCGGGCCAGCCUUCCCAUCAAACCCAGGCCGGUCAGCACAGAGGUGCCCAGGUCCCGGGAGCCUAAAAAGUCUAUGACCUUUAACUUGGGCCCUAUGGGCUCCAGCGAUCGGCUCGCCAAGAGCAAGCUGAGACUGCACAAGAGGGACAGUGUAGACUCAAAGGACAGCACCAGUCGCAGCCAUCCAUCCAAGGAGGAGCUGUUUAAGACUGUGCUGCACCAGCAGGAGCAGCUGCACUCCUUGGAGGUGCACGGGGAUUCCCUGGAAACGGACCUCAGGCACUGGGAGCAGGACAGGGGCUCUAGCCAGGAAGACGAGAUCCUUUAUCUGGAGCACCUGAUCAGGCGGAAUGAGAUGGAGCUGGGUGAAGAGGAGUUCUGGCAGAGCGAGCUCCACCUGGAGAAGGAGUGCGAGAGGGAGCGGCAGGAGAAGGUGAGGAGCCUGCGGGCCACCAUGGAGGAGUACACUCAGAAAAUCCACGAGCUGACCACCAAGACGGAGGUCCUGGAGAAGGAGAUCCAGUUAGAGAUCACAGAGAGGGCCAGGCGGGCGAAAGAGGCUCCUGCAGAUCUGGAGGACAUGGCUGCCAAAAUGAAAAGGGAUCUGGAAGCCAAGGCCAAGCAGAGCGCCCAGCUGGAGAGCAGCCUGGCGAGCGUGGGGAAGGCCUUGGAAGAAGCCGAAAGGAAUUUGCAGGCCUUCUCCAUCCCAGCACAGACUCUCCUCCUCGACCAAGCGCCAAGCAGUUCCUCGGCCAUCCACGGAACCUUCAGAACCCACUGGUGUCCAGCCUGAACCCCGAGGGUGUGUAUGUUUGAACUGGCCUAAGCCCUGUUGUGCUCCUAAUGCCCAAUCUUGCCAAGCAGCCCUGCGAAAGGUCUAGUCUCCUUGCAACGGUGGCAGCUAUCGCCUGCGCAGAGGAGGCUGUGACCCAACUCUCAGACCGCUCGGUGUUUCUCUCCUGCUCGCUCCUCCUUUCUCUGGUAUUUGAUUGCAAAACGAAUAGCUGCUCUAAAACAGCAAAGGCUUGGCUGUCCUGCAGUGCCUACCGUAAAUCCUUGUGCGUUAGGGCCCUUAAAUAAUAGUUAGCAAGAGGCAACCAGAGCAUGAGGGAUGGGAUGGGGUCUGGCAGCUGUAUUACUUAAAAUGAUGGGCUGUGGGCCAUGGUGCCGUGUAGUGCAAUAAUGCAUUAAAAGCAUCCUGCUGUGUGAUGUCUGCGCUAUGAAUAGGUGCCAACGUGACCGUGACACUUAGACCUGGCACCAUCCCCUUCUCUGUGUCCCACCACUAGGGAGAAGCUCGCUGCCAGAGCAAGCUCUGCAGUUGACUUCGCUCCCAAAGCCAGUGUCUUUGCUGUUCAGUUUAAAGAGUCAUCUCUGCUAGUUCAAGCCUGUUAAAAACUCAUUGGGUUGGGAUGCUGCGUGCUGAGUACUAGGAGCUUCCUCACCAGCAAGGGACAGGCGUUGCUCUGCACACGCAGAAUGCAUUUGCCUGCGCCCCGACUCCCAUGAUGCAUUGCGCUGCCAAAAGGACUCUCGAAUCCCCUGCCCCGAUGCUGGUAGUUGCAGGAGAUGUCCUGUUGGUGUUAGUGAAAUGGCACCGUGGGAGAGCCCAAUGUAGAGCAGUUACAGCUCCCACCCGGAGAGUCUCUCUUGGUUUUUUAUGAUUCUCUGCAGAGAAUCAAGUUAUUGCUGUGCCGGGUCAGUUGGCCUGGUGUCCCCCCAGAGAGUGUGCCUGCACUUUCCCCCAUCCCCGCAGCCUCCACCAGUUUAGCAUGAACAAACCUUGGCAGCCAUAUGCAAAAGAGCCAAAGGACCCCAAACCUUUAGGCCUGUCAGAGACUCCACACUUCAAAACUCAACCGCGACACCUACUUGCUCCUAGCCAAGAUGCUGGGUGCCCGUCUGCGUGUUUGCUGCACCAGCAAGCACGUUCUCUGCCCUCCUACACAUACAAACGGGGGGGUCAGUGAGAUGGAUCAGAAGCUAGAAAGCUGUGGAGCAAGAUGGGAAUUCCCAUGUGCAAUCAUUAUCGCACCUCUGGCAUGCAGACCUCCUUGCGUUGGUUAGAAAUACCAACACCCUUGCAGUGGGAGGCUGCUGAGGAUGUCAACUACUUAUUUUGCCCCGGGUCAAUGGUUUGACUUGUUAGAGGAAGGGGAAGAAGCCUUUCUGGUUGUGCCCUGCUCCUUCCCCGGAUGCAGCCACGCAUUCGGCUGUUUGUUUAGAUGUGGCAGACCGCACUGUAGUGUGACGACACAUUUGACCCACCCCGUCCAUUAGUUGCCAUUCAGAUCCCCCUGAGAAAUGCAGAGAGACCCAAUCCUUCCACAGGGGAUACGCAGACUAUAUUUUACUGUAGAGCCUUGGUGCCAUUUUAACACUUUAGUUCUGAUUUUCACAACGAGCUUUUAAAAACUGUAAAUAAAUUGGUGGUUAGGGAAUUAAAUGGGGAGGGGGUGGGGAGAUGGGGUCUUACCCUGGAGGGGGAAGGAGCCAAAUGGGGAUUUUUAUCAGAGACAUUAAAUCCUUUAUCUUGAAGGAUGCGGGGGGCCGGCGGCUGAGACUGCAGCAUCCUACCCAGACCAACAGGGAAAGAGCCACAGCUGCCCCCAUCUCCCCGUAAUGCGCAGUCCCCUCUCCCAGGCGCAAGGACUGCUACAAACUCCACCCAUCCAUCUAAGACCUUUUCAGGGCACUUAGCCAAGGGGGUAGGUGUACCGCCACCCCGUGCCAUCCAUUGCAAAUAAAGCACCUUCCUUUGCAGACCAAGCGGUCGCUUCCGAGUCGCUCUCCUUUCUUCACAACUGAUUGUGAUUUUUCAUCCUUCUGCUGCUCUUGCUGGUCCUGGUGGAGGGGAAUGGGGGCCUGCAAAGGAGAGGAUUUAGGUCCUGGACCGAAGCCCAUCUAAGUCAACGGGAGGCUUUCUAUUGACCUCAGUGGGCUUUGGAUCAAACCCUAUAGGGAUGUGUCUGUUGCCUGAACUUUCACUGGAUUGUGUUUCUUCCUCGUUCAUGCUGGAGUGGCGGAGGGGUGGGGGGCGAGGCAUUGCCCAGCUAGUUAUUGGGAGGCAGAAAUGUGUGCCUUUGAGGAGGGGGGAGAGCUUCAUGCUCUUCCCAGCAACCCCCUUUGGCAUCUAGCCUUUCCUGGUUAAUUCCAGGAAACACUGGAGCACCUUCAAAGAGCUGCACAGGGCGUGCCAAACCCUUCCCACCCAGCCUAUGGCACUGGAGUGAGUGGGGAAGAAUGACUUUGCAUAGAUCUUCUUCAUAACAGUGCUUUUCUAUACCAGGCCUUGGCAUCUCUGCCCCUCCCCCAGAACCAGCUUGGGAACUGUCCAGUUAAUUAUGCUAAUUUAACCUGCAUCCUUCUUGGUGCCUGUUCUCUUUAGCAAAAGCAAGUGAAUUGUGCUGACCUUUUCUUUGGCCCUUUCCCCUCUCUGCUAAACAUUUGUCCUUUUUAAUAUCCUAAGAGACGGUGACCAUAACAUUGAGUCAAUAUCCGAACACAGAGCAGCAUAUGCUGUCUUGAGUACUUACAGAUGGAUGCUGCAUAACAUGAGCAUUUCUCCACAUAGUACAGCAAAGAUCCGCCUGUAAUUCUCCCUUGUAGCAUUUUAAGAGUAUAAACACCAGACCUGGAAUAUUGUAUCUGCUCAUUUCACUAGAGAGAAUCAUCAUGGUGUCUGUAGGUUCAUCUCCACUCCCUUUAGAUUGAAGGAUAUCCUUUUAUAUUGCAAAUGCAUGGUUGCAGCAUACAUCAUCCUUUUUUCCUUUUCUUAUGAAAAACACUAACCCACCAAGAUGGGGUCACUUAGUUUAUUUUUGUAUGUCUUGCAGUCGUAUCAACAAGGCAGAGCAUCUGGAGGUAGAAAGGCCCAGCCACUGGAGGAGUGAUUUGCCUUGCAAAUGUAACUGUAUAUAAGUAAAACCAUGUUCCAUAUAUAUAUAUAUUUUUUACUCCUUUGUAUCAUGAAUGGAUGUUGAUGGCCAUACGAAGUGUUUUUACAGACUGAUGUGUUUUAAAUAACAACACAACAAAAACAAUUCCACCCCAUUUGGAUGAAAAAGACCUGUUGUGUUUUUUUUAAAUGCUUUAUCUAUUUUAAAAAAAAUGAAGAUGCUAAUAUUUCUGGGAAUCCAUAUAGCCCUCAUAAGAUGCAUCAAACGACGAAAGACCUUGUCGAUAAAGCAAAGGACUGCCUUUGAGGGGUACAAGACUUGCCUGGGCUAAACAAACGCUAAGCACAAAGUGGGUCUUCUGUGCCAUGCUCUGAUGUUCACUUCCCAGGGGAUACUAUGUGCUACUGCUGUACAAUGAAGGAGGCAUGGAAGCCAGGAUUGUGUCCCAUAUAACGCACUGUGACUCUCCCGUGGUCGCUCGUGUUAAUACCCAACAUGUGAGGAAAAUGGAUGUUUAUCGGGAAACAUAACGAACUAUCCAGCUGCCUGGGAGAUGGGGAACUCUGUUCGUAGUCCUGCGGAAGCCAGGUUUGUACGAUCUGGGGGAGAACUUGUACAACCUGUUACUCUUUGGACCAGGCAGCAUCAUGACUAGGAGCAUCUGCCUGAUGCUGAACAGAAUUAGCAAAGACUUUCCAGAGGUGGUAUAAUGGGAUUGAGGGGCUGCUGGUGAUGUCUUGUGCCAAGUGCAUCAUCUUUCAAAAGCGUCAUUUGCAAAGUAGAGAGGACUUGAGAUGGAAUAGCUGGAGUGACAUCUAGUUCCCAAUGAACCGCAACUCUCACCCUGUGAGUCUUGAUAUUUGUAUUUACAUACUGGACCCCUCCUGCUUUCUAAAACACAUUCAGGUCAUUGAAAAAAAUGAGGUAAAAAUGUUGAUGAUUGAAUGGCAAACUGGCAUAUGCAUGAAGCUUUCAGUAGGGCUGUCUUUGCUACAGGUAGCUUCACCCUGACCUGGGAUUCAUUGUCCUUCAACCUCCACCCAUAUAACUCCUCCAGAGGUGUCUGCCUCUCUAUCUUAAGGCCAGUUCAAUAGGUUGCAUGUCUACCUACCAUGCCCUGUAACUCUGCAAAAGCUCUGUCUACACCUGGUUCCAUAUUGCAGAAGCCCAGAUGUACAUCGAACUGAGCCAGGAUUGGAGAGAUUUGUGGGUCGGGGAAAGGAAAGUUGAACACUUGCUCUGUGGGGAGUGUCUUGGCCGUUGUCCCCUAAUACUUAAAUGCCAUAUGUAUUAUUGCCAUUAACCAGUAUUUCCAGCCAUUCACCCUUUUCCUAAUGGAAGUACUGAAAAAAGUAGUUCAUUCGUCAGGUAUUUGCUGCUUUCGUUUGUCAAGACAACUCUCUUGUGCCUGCUCACUGCUUACACUGGCAAACAAGUUUAGUCAGAUGGUGGCUUACUGUAACCUGAGCAACCCAUUGGUUUUCUGCUGUGGCUGUCACUGCCCUAAUUGGCCUAAAAUACACAGCGGAGAAUCCGAAUGCUCCUCCUUGAAAACGCUCUGGUUCAGAACCAGGCUGCUGUUCAUGUCAUACAAUAUACAUGAGCUAAAAGGGGAGGAGUAGAAUGGAAACAGCCUCUUGCUGCUAUUCUGCGCUUAUUAUGGUAGCACCUAUAGGCCCCAAUUGAGAUCAGGGUCCCGUUGUGGUAGGUGCUGCACCAGGUGUCAGAUGACACAGUUCCUACCCCUAGAAGCUUGCUGCUUGGUCUUUCAUUGUGAGUUCUCUUUAAGAUUCCAAAGGAUAGAACCCAAAUAUUCCUUCCUCCUUUUAAACAAAUAAAUAAAUACAUUCUAAUGCAUGCUGCAUUAGUAACAUUUCUGAUCUAGAUGCGUCCCAAACCAAAGAUGACCAUUGUGUUCUGGUUCUCCUCUCAGGGUGAGCAACAGGCUGUGUUGCUGGUCCGAGACUUUUUCAGGAGCAGAGAGAGGAGUUGACUCCAAACAUUCUGUAGUGCUCAUUCAUCAGUUUUUAGAAACCUCUGCUUUCCAGGGCUGAGUAACUGCUUAGCUUUUCUUGCAGAUUUCUGACCCGUUUUACGAGGUGUGAAUGGAUACGAUUCAACUUAAAACUCUCCAAUGUGGGGGGAGGGGGAGCAGGGACGGUCAGAAAAGAGACUGUAAACAGGACAUUGGGAUUAAUAUUCGUUGAGUGUUUCACCCAAUUCUAAAAAUCAAGCCGUGUUCUCCCUAGCGUUCUCAAAUCUUACUCAAUGUACAAAUUGGAUAGGGUUGACAGGCAAAAACUUGACGUUUGUCUAAACAAAACAGGCUUGAACUGCAAGAGACUGGGAACAGGUGAGUGCAUCUUGGAAGUUGCUUUUCUCACCAUAAUCCUAUUUUUUUUUAAGUGUUAUCAAAACCUCCCUCAGAACAAGCUCUUUAACAAGUGCAUGUUAUUGGGCUGUGAUAUAUGGGGAAUGAUGGACAUGCUGUCUAACGUUUCAUGCUGAAUGUUUUUACUUGAUGGCCAGUAAAAAAAAUUACUUUAAUAAAAAAAAAAAUCCUCUGUCCCAACAUGUUUUUCCAUAUUUUAAUUGUGAAUUGGAAACGGGCAAGUCUAGGGAAUGGGACUGGAUGAUACCUAGAGGGCCCCAAAGUCCUGAUUUUUGUUUUACAAAUGUCCUAUAUACUGUAUACAAAAAUGUGACUUGGAUGCUGUGUUCUUUGUAAAAACACUUUCUAUGUAUGAAUGUAUCCUGUGUUCUCAAACAUUGUCUGGUUUAAAUAAACAUACAGAAAGGA